AUGCAUGCCCUUAUACCAUUUAACACUCCGGGUCCUCCUCAAGACACUGGGCUGUGCAUCACCGAACCAGUAUUCCUCUUCCAAGAAUCGUUUUGACAGGUUCUUUUGGAGAAGCUCCUUCUUUUUUUAACCUGUCCUUUUAAACAAAAUGGCACCAAAGAAGGACGUGAAGAAACCCGCUGCUGCCCCAGCCCCUGCCCCGGCACCUGCUCCUGCUCCUGCACCUGCCCCAGCCAAACCCAAGGAAGAAAAAAUUGACCUCUCUUCCAUUAAGAUCGAGUUCUCUAAGGAACAGCAGGAUGAAUUCAAGGAGGCAUUCCUCCUGUUUGACAGAACAGGUGAAAACAAGAUCACCUUAAGCCAGGUCGGUGAUGUCCUUCGAGCAUUGGGCACAAAUCCUACCAAUGCAGAGGUCAAGAAAGUUCUGGGAAAUCCCAGCAAUGAAGAGAUGAAUGCCAAGAAAAUUGAGUUUGAACAAUUUCUGCCCAUGUUGCAAGCUAUUUCCAACAACAAGGACCAGGGCACCUAUGAAGACUUUGUGGAGGGUCUGCGUGUGUUUGACAAGGAAGGAAAUGGCACAGUGAUGGGUGCUGAACUCCGCCACGUUCUAGCCACCCUGGGUGAAAAGAUGAAAGAGGAAGAAGUGGAAGCCCUGAUGAAAGGUCAGGAAGACUCCAAUGGCUGCAUCAACUAUGAAGCUUUUGUCAAGCAUAUCAUGUCUGUCUGAAUGGAGCAUUUAAGAACAAGCAUUGCUUAAGAAGACUGGCUAGAAGACUAUUUUAAUCACACCCAUGACUGUCCAGAUCUGUUUACCAUCAUUCAGAAAAACAAACAAUCUGGACUGUUUGAGACAGAAGGACUCCCUGAAUUUUCAUAUAUAUCCAGUUUUUCUAUGAAUUGUAUUCAUAUCACGCAAACCAAGUGUCUGCUGCUCCAGACAAGAAGAAUAAAAUAUUGGCAACAUCAAAUCCAAGUCCAAGCAUCACUCUUUAUUAUCUAGUAUGGGUCAACAAACACCCUUCAAAUCACUAGUCAAUAAACGCUUUUUGUCAGUCUGGAA